GAGUUCAACGGAAAGACUGAGGUCAAGCCAGGCAGGCCAACUUCAACACGCUGAGCGCACUGUUCGAUGGGAAACUGCUUCUCCGACAUCGCCGGAGGCAGCGCCGCUAUCGGCGGUACCGCCGGCUAUCUCCACAAUUCGGCGUACGGUCCGAACGACGCCGUCGAGAACUUCCUUAGGUCUCGAGGCUACCACGGUCUCUUCUCUCAGAUCGAGUUAUCGUUUUCCGCUUCAGGCUUGCGUGAUCGUGAUGUGCUCUCCAAGAGUGAUCCGCUGAUGGUUCUUUAUGCAAAAGGAAAAAAUGGAGCACUUGAGGAACUUUGCCGCACGGAAGUAGUUCUGAAUUCAUUGAAUCCCGCGUGGAUUACUAAACACACCCUCAUUUAUCAUUUUGAGGUUGUUCAGGUUUUAGUGUUUCGUGUGUAUGAUGUUGAUACUCAGUUUCACAAUGUAGAUGUAAAGAUGCUAAAGCUAGAAGAGCAGCAAUUUCUUGGCGAGACUACCUGUGCAUUAUCUGAGAUAAUAACAAAAUCUGAUCGAUCAUUGCCAUUAGAUCUACACGCAGAAGAUUCUAUAAGAUCUACCCACUCCCAAAACAGUGGGAAGCUCUCGGUGCAUGCCGAGGAAAGUGUUAACUCAAAGACUGCAAUGGAGAUUGCAUUCAGGUGUUCAGAUUUGGAAUGUAGGGAUCUUUUCUCCAGAAGUGAUCCCUUUCUGUUGAUAUCAAAAGUCGUGGAAGGUGGUACCCAAAUUCCCAUUUGCAAAACAGAAGUUAUAAAGAAUGAUCUCAACCCAAUAUGGAAGCCAGUGUUCUUGAAUAUUCAACAAGUAGUAAGCAAGGACAGUCCUUUGAUAAUAGAGUGCUAUAACUUUAAUAGCAAUGGCAAACAUUAUUUAAUGGGAAAAGUGCAGAGAUCUUUGGCGGAGUUGGAGAUGAUUCAUUGUAAUGGCCAAGGAGAAAAGUUACUUUUGCCUGCUUCUAGUGGACAAAAUCAUGAUAACAAGGUGUUAAAGAGCCAGCUAUUUGUGGAAAAAUUUACUGAAAGUGUCCAAUACACUUUCCUGGAUUACUUGGCUGGGGGAUUUGAAUUGAACUUCAUGGUGGCUGUUGACUUUACAGCUUCAAAUGGAAAUCAUCGUCUUCCAGAUUCUUUGCAUUAUAUUGAUCCUUCAGGACGGCCAAAUGCAUACCAGAGGGCCAUUGUUGAGGUUGGUGAAGUGUUACAGUUUUAUGAUUCAGACAAGCGAUAUCCUACUUGGGGAUUCGGAGCACGGCCAAUUGAUGGUCCUGUCUCCCAUUGUUUCAACUUGAAUGGAAGCAGUCAUUACUGUGAGGUGGAAGGGAUCCAAGGAAUUAUGAUGGCAUACAUAAGUGCCCUGCAUAACGUAUCCCUUGCGGGACCUACUCUUUUUGGACCUGUCAUAAGCAAUGCUGCGCUGAUUGCAAGCCAAUCUGUAGCAAAUGGUGGAAGGAAUUACUUUGUCUUGCUAAUAAUCACAGAUGGAGUAGUGACAGAUCUCCAAGAAACAAAAGAUGCUCUUGUUAAAGCAUCUGACCUGCCGUUAUCAAUCCUUAUUGUCGGAGUAGGAGGAGCUGAUUUCAAAGAAAUGGAGGUUUUGGAUGCAGACAAGGGAGAGAGACUUGAAAGUACAUAUGGACGCGUUGCAUCACGUGAUAUAGUCCAAUUUGUUCCAUUUCGGGAUGUUCAAAGUGGAGAGAUUUCAGUUGUUCAAGCACUUUUAGCAGAAUUACCAACUCAGUUUUUAACUUUCGUGCGGAGCAGAAAAAUCCAACCGAGCCUUAUAGUCAUGUAAAAACUGUACAUAAAUUUAUUUUCUAUUCAUUGAUCAUUGUGCAAUUUCAAAGCCCUUUUCAGUUCUCCAAUCAAUAAAUUCGGCUAAAGAGCUGAGAACUAUUGCUUUGUGCUAAUCAACGGCUCAAGAAUGGUUCGCCGGCUAGCUGUCUUAUCUUAAGAUCUGUCUGAUCGAGCCUUGUGGUGGUUGGUAUUUCCUUUUCUUUCUUGUCUUUGUGUUCUUUUGGGUUUUCCUUGGUGGUUGGUUCGGCCUGAAAAUAGUUGUACUACAAGUUGAAAUGUAUGUUUUCUCCUAAACUGAGGGCAAAGUUUAGUCGUCCAGUCCCUUUAUGAUAUGAUUUUUAAUGGAAUCCUAUAAUU